GCCGUUGGGACGCGCCGAUCGGGGGCCAGGGCUGACACCGCCGCUUCGCUGGACCUCAGCCCGCUUGGCUCAGCGCCGGCUCCGGACCCUGACCUCUGAGGUGCUCAAGCACCUGCUCUUUCAGUCUCACAUGGCAACAAAAACUUGUAAGUCCUUCCAAGUAUCUGAUGAUGAACAAAGAAAAAAAGAAAAAAUCCGUUCUUUAACUAUGUCUGGCCAUGUUGGUUUUGAGAGUUUACCUGAUCAACUGGUUAAUAGAUCCAUUCAGCAAGGCUUCUGUUUUAAUAUUCUCUGUGUUGGGGAGACUGGAAUUGGAAAAUCAACGCUGAUUGAUACAUUGUUUAAUACUAAUUUUGAAGACAAUGAAUCCUCACAUUUUUACCCACAUGUUAGACUUAAAGCUCAGACAUAUGAACUCCAAGAAAGUAACGUUCGAUUGAAAUUGACCAUUGUGAAUACAGUGGGAUUUGGUGACCAAAUAAACAAAGAUGAGAGCUACCAACCAAUAGUUGACUACAUAGAUGCUCAGUUUGAGGCCUAUCUCCAAGAAGAACUGAAGAUUAAGCGUUCUCUCUUUAACUAUCACGAUUCUCGUAUCCACGUGUGCCUCUACUUCAUCUCACCAACAGGCCACUCUCUGAAGACACUUGAUCUCUUAACCAUGAAGAGCCUGGACAGCAAGGUGAAUAUUAUACCAGUGAUUGCCAAAGCAGAUACAAUUUCUAAAACUGAAUUACAGAAGUUUAAGAUCAAGCUCAUGAGUGAAUUGGUCAGCAAUGGCGUCCAGAUAUACCAGUUCCCAACAGAUGAUGAAACUAUUGCUAAAAUCAAUGCUUCAAUGAAUGGACACUUGCCAUUUGCUGUUGUAGGAAGUAUGGACGAGGUAAAGGUUGGAAAUAAGAUGGUCAAAGCUCGUCAGUAUCCUUGGGGUGUCGUACAAGUGGAAAAUGAAAACCACUGUGACUUUGUAAAGCUCCGGGAAAUGCUCAUUUGUACAAACAUGGAGGACCUGCGAGAACAGACCCACACUAGGCACUAUGAACUUUACAGACGUUGCAAACUGGAGGAAAUGGGCUUUACUGAUGUGGGCCCAGAGAAUAAGCCACUCAGUCUUCAGGAGACCUAUGAAGCCAAAAGACACGAAUUUUAUGGUGAGCGUCAGAGGAAGGAAGAAGAAAUGAAACAGAUGUUUGUGCAGCGAGUAAAGGAGAAGGAAGCCACACUGAAAGAAGCGGAGAGAGAGCUCCAGGCCAAAUUUGAGCACCUUAAAAGAAUUCACCACGAAGAGAGAAUGAAGCUUGAAGAAAAGAGAAGACUUUUGGAAGAAGAAAUAAUCUCUUUCUCUAAAAAGAAAGCUACCUCCGAUGUAUUCCUGAAUCAAACCUAUAUGGCAACGGGCGGCAACCUGAAGAAGGACAAGGACCGUAAGAAGGAACCAGGCUAUCGAUACGAACUCCUGUGCUUUGAUGUCAGAGCUUGUGAAACCAGUGGUGGACGUAAAGAUACAGAGGAAGCUCCAAUUUUAUGUAAGGCUCCAGAUCACAGAAAGUCAUCACAAGCAAGAAUUAUUAAAAUGUUAGAAGUAUGCUGUGAUUUUAUUGCUGUUUUUAUUUGCUGUAUCACUUAUUCUGUAUCUGGCAAAUGCGGACAGUUACUGCCAUGUAUGGAAAAAUACUGUUAAGUAUAAGCCAGAGUGGAUGAUAGCACUUAUAGAUUCACUAUUGUUAGAAGUUUUUAAGUUGCUGAUUUGUGAUGACUCUAGAUCGUUUCUCCUGCUGCUCACUUACUGUCACUUUGCACAGCCUUAUACCACAGAGCAGUGUCAGUGCCAUUGAAAAUACAGAACUCAUUCAUACUAUGGCUGAUUGCAUGUAUAUUCCAAGAUGAACGUUUUUUUGGUGCAUACUGAAAGUAAUAUUUUGGGACUAUGUUUUAAAUGUAUUAUGUACCUGAAACUGACCUGACCUCUCAGUAGUUUUAUAGAACUUUUUAACUUUUGAUACAGUUAUCCAGUUGGUAACAUGAUCCUGAGCUUUUGUAUCGAAUUUUAUAUAACAUGAUCGCCUUCCAUGCUUUAGUGUGCCUUAUUGUGGUUGAUGUAUUAUUAUGAGGAAACAAAAUAUGUUUAUAAGUAGAAACAUCCAGGUAUAUAAACCUGUUUCCUAGUGUUAAAUACCUUUGAACAUGGGUGUUAAUCACAGUAUUUUCAUUAGGAUGUAUUACAUACUUGUUGCUUAGAACUCUGUCUUCUGGGGAGCAAACAAAAUUUUAAUUAUCUUAUUAAAAAUAUUUCUUAAAAUAACUGAACAUCUAAUAUUAAAGAUAUGAAAAUUUAGAUAAUUCAUAUCUCAAGGGAUAUUUGAAUUCAGUGCCUUAGUAAUAUUCUCAGAACAAUUAACUUUUCUUAUGUCAUAGUUAUAUAAUUUUUCAUUUUUUUUGUACCCAGAUAUUCUCAAUAAAGCUGACAUUUACUCUUGACUAAUAAAAUAUAUCUACAUAUUUACUAAAA